AAUAUUCCAUUGGCAUCUAAUUUGUGUUCUACUAGGUUCUUUGCACUAUAUAUAUAAAUAUGCCCUAAUUGCCCAAAACAUAGUACUACAAACAAAAACUAAGAAUUUCUUUAGCUAUUACAUACAUCAAAUAACUAUUUAAAAAAAAAAAAAAAAAUCCGAUGGCCGGAAUUAUGGUGGUUUUUGACUUCGACAAGACGAUAAUCGAGGUGGAUAGCGAUAAUUGGGUGGUGGAUGAACUCGGCGCCACCGAUUUGUUCAACGAGCUUCUUCCCACCAUGCCGUGGAAUUCACUAAUGGAGAGGAUGAUGAAAGAGAUGCAUGCAAAAGGGAAGACAAUUGAGGAGAUUAAGGAUGUUCUAAAAAAGGUUCCUAUACAUCCUAGGGUUGUUCCUGCAAUCAAGACUGCCCAUUCUUUAGGGUGUGAUUUGAGGAUAGUGAGUGAUGCAAACAUGUUCUUCAUCGAGACGAUUCUUGAUCAUCUUGGAAUAAGAAAUUGCUUCUCGGAAAUAAACUCGAACCCGAGCUACGUCAAUGGCGAAGGGAGGCUGAUAAUCUCACCUUACGUUGAUUUUCUUACAUCACCCCAUGGCUGCAAUCUCUGCCCUCCAAAUAUGUGCAAGGGUAUGAUUAUAGAGAGGAUUCGAGCAAACGAAGGAAAGAAAAAGAUGAUAUAUCUAGGCGACGGUGUAGGUGAUUUUUGCCCGAGUUUGAAGCUUAAAGAAGGAGAUUUUAUGAUGCCGAGGAAGGAUUUCCCUGCUUGGAAAUUAAUAUGUGAAAAUCGAACACUUUUGAAAGCGGAAAUAUUCGAGUGGAUUGGCGGGACAAAGUUGGAGCAAAUUCUGAUCGGGCUUAUCGAGAAGAUCAAGAUUGAAGAGGCUAAUAACGGAGUUCAGUUGUUAUCUGCGGUUGAUUGCAAGUUCGAGAAAAUUCCAAUGGUAGCACAUGAGGCAUUUCCUCCACCUCUUAGAGUUCAUCACUAGGGGUUUAAUGGAGAUCAUGUUUGUGUAAUUAGGGAAAUUGCCAAAAACAAACAAAAUUAGGCCAAAAGAAAAACUAAGUCAAGCUUUGGCCCCUAUCACUCUUUUCUAUUUUAUGUUUGUAAGAUUUGGUGUCUUUUUGUGAAGAAAUGGAAUAUGCUUUUUGCUCCUCAAAUUAAUGGUUUUUCCC